AUGGGCUGUCUCAACUCUUCAUCUCAGGGUCUCUCUUUUACAGAGCUCCCGACCUCUCUUCGCGAGUCUUCUCUCAUUGGUGCCGAAGUCCACCUGCCUUCAUCAAUGAACCUCCUGGACACAGACGCCUUGUCAAAGGAAGACAUUGCCACCUUCAGGAAAGCGCUGUUCGAGAACCAAGUCGUCGUUAUCAAGAACCAGAGGGGCAUCUCGCCCGAGACUCUGCCCAAGUUGACCAAAAUCUUCGAUCCGACGGCAACUGAUAUCCAUUCCGCCGGCGAGAAGGCCGUCAGUGACCCGAGGAAUAUCCUCUCGGCAUACAAGGCGGGAAGAAUCCCCAGGGCGCCGCAAGUGGGCAUUAUUGGGAGCGGCAGGUUCCGGAACUACGAAGGAGUUGAUGAGUUGGAGGUUAUUCACCUGGAUCACACUUUGUUCCAUGAGAAGCCUCUGUCAGAACAGGAGCUCAGCGAUGGAUACACCCGUCCGUACCGGUGGCACAUGGACACUCCCUUCUAUCAGCGUUUGCCCGGAGAAGUCACGGUCCUCCACGUAGUGAAGGUGCCGAACCUGCCUGAUCAGAAGCUCAAGUUCCCAGACGGCAAAGAAAAGAGUAUCGCUGCUGGAGCUACAGCUUUUUUCUCCGGCGCACGAGCAUUCCAAUUGCUCACACCGGCCGAGCAAGAAUUCGCUCUCAACACGACUGUAACAUAUGCUCCUCAGGCCUAUGAAUACAUCCGACAAUGCAAGGCGACAGAAGACGGCCUUUCAAUCCCCACAAUGGGCAAAGAAGUGCCUAUCGAACAGCUCUCCGAAUGGUCUUGGGAAAACGUGGCCGAGCAUCCUAUGGUCUGGCGCAACCCCCUCAACCCCGACCGCCCUUUCCUCCAGGUCCACGGCUGCUGCGUCUUCAAGCUGACCACCCGGGAUCCGGCGACCGGCGCGGUGGUCUCAGUCGUAGACGACGUCGCCAAGGUCCGCGAGAUCGUCUACGGCUUCCAGAAGCGGAUCUGGGCGGCGGAGAACAUCUACGCGCACCGCUGGGAGGAGGGCGACGUCGUGAUCUUCCACAACCGCGGCGUAAUGCACAGCAUCACGGGGCAGCUGGCGCAGUAUAAGGAGGACGAGGAGAAGAAGAGGCUGAUGUGGCAGUGUACGAUGACGAGCGGCACGGCCCCGCAACCGUUUAGGAAAGUGCCCGGGGUUGUUGAGACUGGGUUCGCCAAGGCGGCUUGA